AUGACCCUGGGGCUGAUCAAGCCUGACCAUCUUCACAUCCUUCCUCCUCCCGUGAUGCACGACUAUAUCUGCAGUGAGGACUGGCAGAACUGCUGUGCCCCUCCAUGCCACCCUUGCCAGUCUGCCCACAAGCUGCCCCAGACUACACUCACCCUGGAGCCUCCAUUCCCAGAGAUAUUCACCGGGGAGACAGUUACUCUGAGGUUUAAUGCUGAGUCUGGACAGGAGCGCAGUAAUGCUGUCACCCUAACUGUAUCCAAUGAAUGGGUGAUCCUGCAGACUCCCCCCCAGCCUGUGAUUGAGGGAGACUCUCUGACUCUGAGGUGUCGUGUCCGCACAGGUUAUACAACUACCAGGGUUACAUUUUAUAAGGAUAAUAAAGAGUUACAGUCCCAGGCUGGCACAGAGCUGAGUGUGAAUCGUGUUUCAAAGAGUGACGAGGGGUCCUACAAGUGCAGAGCGUGGAGCUCCGAUUACUCUGCAGAGGUGCGGGUGUCAGUGAGAGAGCUGCCCCAGACUACACUCACCCUGGAGCCUCCAUUCCCAGACAUAUUCACUGGGGAGACAGUCACUCUGAGGUGUGGGGUUGAGGGGGGUUCUGCUGGCUGGAAAUAUCUCUGGUACAAAGACAGUGAGGACACUCCAGUGCCCCAGACUGCUGGCCGCAGUAUAACUGGUGACAGCUACACAGUCACUGCAGCUGCUGUAUCUGACCAGGGCCAGUACUGCUGUCGAGGACAAAGAGGAGAUCAGCCACUCUACUCACAUCUCAGUGAUAAAGUAAUAUUAACUGUGUCUGAUGGACAAGUGAUCCUGCAGACUCCCUCCCAGCCUGUGUUUGAGGGAGACUCUCUGACUCUGAGGUGUCGUUUCCGGAGUUAUACAGCUACCACGGUUGCAUUUUAUAAAGAUAAUAAAGAGUUACAGUUCCAGGCUGGCACAGAGCUGAGUGUGAAUCGUGUUUCAAAGAGUGACGAGGGGUCCUACAAGUGCAGAGCGUGGAGCUCCUCCCAUUACUCUGCAGAGGUGCGGGUGUCAACACUCUCUAGGUGGAUUACAUCCUGCAUCAAGUUUUGUUAUGACCUGCACAAGAAACUGACUCCAGAGCUGCCCCAGACUACACUCACCCUGGAGCCUCCAUUCCCAGAGAUAUUCACUGGGGAGACAGUCACUCUGAGGUGUGGGGUUGAGGGGGGUUCUGCUGGCUGGAAAUAUCUCUGGUACAAAGACAGUGAGGACACUCCAGUGCCCCAGACUGCUGUCCGCAGUAUAACUGGUGACAGCUACACCAUCACUGCAGCUGCUGUAUCUGACCAGGGCCAGUACUGCUGUCGAGGACAAAGAGGAGAUCAGCCACUCUACUCACAUUUCAGUAAUAAAGUAAUAUUAACUGUGUCUGAGCUGCCAAAGGCUGUGCUGACCAGCAGUCUUCAAUGGGGAGAGCUGUACACUGGAGAGACUGUCAUCCUGAGCUGUGGGGUUGAUGGGCGUUUCACUGGCUGGCAAUAUCUCUGGUACAAGAGCAGUCAGGGAGGCACAGUGCAGAUCAGAGGCACCACUGGAGCCAGUUACACACUCAGCCCUGUCACUCAGUCCCAUAGUGGACAGUACCAGUGUGAGGCACAAAGAAGAUAUCGACCACGUUCCUCUCAGCGCAGUGAUCCUGUUACACUGACUGUGUCUGAGCUGCCAAAGGCUGUGCUGACCAGCAGUCUUCAAUGGAGAAACCUGUACACUGGAGAGACUGUCACCCUGAGCUGUGAGGUUGAGGGGAGUUUCACUGGAUGGCGAUAUCUCUGGUACAAGAGCAGUCAGGGAGGCACAGUGAAGAUCAGAGACACCACUGGAGCCAGUUUCACACUCAGCCCUGUCACUCAGUCUCAUAGUGGAGAGUAUCUGUGUGAGGCACAAAGAGGAGAUCGACCACGUUCCUCUCAGCGCAGUGAUCCUGUUACACUGGCUGUGUCUGAUGAAGACGUGAUCCUGCAGACUCCCCUCCAGCCUGUGAUUGAGGGAGACUCUCUGACUCUGAGGUGUCGUGUACGCACAAAUUAUACUUUUACCAGGAUUGUCUUUUUUAAAGAUAAUGAAGAGAUUCAGUCCCAGAAUAACACAGAGCUGAGUGUGGAUCGUGUUUCAAAGAGUGACGAGGGGUCCUACAAGUGCAGAGCGAUGUGGAACUCCUCAACUUACUCUGGUGACUCUGCAGAGGUGCGGGUGUCAGUGAGAGAGCUGUUCUCCUGGGUGACUCUGACAGCCUCUCCAGGAGCCACAGUGAAGGAGGGAGAGGCUCUUAACCUGACCUGUGAGGCAGCAGUGAACAAAACCCCCCGCCCUGAACUCCACUACACCAUUGUGAGAGACGGGGAGCCUGUGACUAACAGCACUGACUCUGCACUGUACAGCAUAGCCAGCACUGAGAAGAGCCACACUGGGAGCUACACGUGUGCUGUGGAGUCACAGGGAGUGAAGAAGAGCAGCCAGGAGCUACACAUUGAAGUGCAAACGUCCUGGCACAGCGCUGUUGCUAUUGGCUACAGAGUGAGCUUCACUCUGAUUCAUUUCAUUGUGUUCACUCUGCUGCUCCUUCAAUACUGCAGGAUCCAAGGUUCCCUGUGUAUUGCUGGUGGUACAUCACGGUAAGACAGUAUUGUCCAGUAUGUGUACAGACAGGGGGCAGCACUCGCUAUCUCUACCUGUCAUCAUCCUUUACAGCACUGAAAAUGGAGAUGGAAACUUUCUGAUUCGCUCUUUAAGAAUCCCUCUUGCAAACUCACCUUCACUUUGACCUGUGUCCUAAAAUGCUGUAUUGGGUUAAUUUGGCUUUUUUGGUUUUCCAGAUGAUAAAGAUUCAUAAUCAUUAUUCUUUCAUUCAAGUUCAAUCCAGGGUAUUAAAAAAAUAACCCUUUCAUCAGUAAUGUCACAAAGCUGCUGCCUCCACAGAGUGUCUUUACAGUUGAUACACAGCUGCUCCUUACCCUGAAAUGCACUCUGUGAUUUCAAUGGGACUUGAUUACUCUGAAGCCUAGAAGUGUCAUCAUCCUUUAAAGCUUCUGUUAUUGCUGCAGUUAAACUCUGAGCCCUCCUUGUGUGUCUCUGACAUCUGUCUCAGGAAAACCUCGGAUCAGGAUCAGGAGCAGUCAGCAGAGGGGAUUGAGCUCUGCAGCCGUGUGCAGCACACUGGAGUGGAACUGGAAUAGUAUUGCACUGUCGUACUGAAGAUCAGCCUGACUGUCAUGUUUUAGAAGUACUGUGAAUAUCUGUUCAAACUGCGGCUGUAGUUUACAGAAAAUGACCAUUGACUGGGGUAUUUUCUAAGACCUCAAAACAAAUGGAUUAUUCAUUGAUUGUUUGAUUGAAUUCAUUUAUUUAAUAGAUUGCUUGAUUGCACAGUUUAACUUUAAGUGCAUUACUGAAUAAUGUAUGUAUUCAUAAGCUAUCCUUUAGUCAAUAAACUGCUUUAUUCUA